CGCGUGAUCUUGCAGAAGCCACUUCAUCCCACGAAAGGUAAGUCGCAGGAUUCAAUGACUUCUUGCUUUUUUAAGUGAGCAAGCGAGAAGCCAUAAAAACAAUUAAAUCAUCCUAAUCUUCAAUGCUGACUUCUAUUUUCGGUUAAGACUUCCUUUCCUCGCUCUUUACAACGUACCCAAUUGAUGAAUAGAGCAACAACCACGUAGACAUUAUUGUUAUGUCGUUGGCUUUGUCGGCUUACAGUGUACAGAGGCUAAUCGAACUUCGAACGAAGGUUAUCAUAACCUAUACGUAUCCUUGAAUUGUAUGGUCAUUUAUUACAUGGCUGAGUCUGUUUUCGCCAUGCGAUUGGUCAAUUUGCGGUCCCUAACUUGCUAUACGGACCAGAAUUUUUAAAGAAAAUGCUCAUUUCGGAGCUCUAAAUCUCUUUAUCUCGGAAAAAAAGGUUUAAAUAAAGUUAUAAAACGCCUGUCAACCUUGAGGACUUGGAUGUUGACUUUGGCCUUCAACGUUUUAAACUGUGUUUAUUUGUGAACGAAGGCGAUGAAGAAAAUAACUCGUAAUCUUAUCGCAGAAGAUUCUAGUCAGUGUAACUGUUUGAAAAUUUUAUCGUAGUCCACAGAUAAGAAGACGAAAAUCGACUGGCAGAGAUUCGAGAUGUUUUUCCUAAAAGAAAAUGAGUAAUUCCUUCAACAAAUAUGAUAACAAACAUACCUGCACCCGAUCAUCUUGACACGCUUCUUUGCUAUUUGCAGUGUUUUUUCAAAGACCAACGAAAGAAAGAUAGAAGCGAGUUCGAGCCAGACACAAUAAUAUAAAUGUCCUGUUUUCAAAAAACUCCAGCGUCACAUUAACGAGUGAAUAUUUACAGUGCUCUUAGUUUCCACCGAAUAUACUUUGAAAUAUGUCUGUAAACCCUGAGGACUGGGAUGUUGACUUUGCCUUUCCAAAUUUUAACCUAGCUUUGUUUUAAUGAGCACGAAGCUGUUGUAGGAACUGAAUCGUAACCUUACCGAGGAAGAGAAUUCUGGUCAGUGUUUGAAAAUUUUAACGCAGAUCACAAUUGAAGACGAGAACGAACUGGCAGAAAGAGAGGUUUUCCCAAAAACAAUGAAAAGCUUAUAGCAGAUCUAUCAAACUGAUAAUUCUUUGACACUCGUGUCUAAGCAUUCUUUGUUGUAAUCAAAGGGAACUAGGCAAUGGCCAUAUAAAAAACUGCCCUCAGUCUGUUUUGCAAGAAUAGUUCGACUAAGAACCACAUUCAUUAUCUUUUCACAGCCUUGUUUAAAAAUAUGCACCAUAUGAAUAUUAAAGUAUGGGAAUUUUCACGAACUUUGUAGUUUCGUGAUCACAACGAGGCGACAGUGAACUUAGCUUGACGAAGAGUAUCUAGUAGAUUUCUUUGGGCAUUCACAGAGUGCAUGUUGUCUACAUAGAGGAUAUCACAUGGCCGAGAGAAGAUACGGAAUUUUUCUUUGAUUGUUGAAAAACAGCGCAAACGAGCGAAAUAUUUUUUCAACACGAGAACACUCAUCAUCUUUUCAGUCUGUUUAAUAUGAAUAUCAGUAAGUAUAGGAAUUUCCACGCAAUCUCUGUAAUAACUGGGAAACCACUUGUAGAGAAUAAGUAAAGUUUAAUAAGAAAAUAAUUCGGCAGAUUUUAAGACCAUAAAGUGCAUUGGUUUGCGAACUUUGUGGUUUCGUGAUUAGAGCGAGGUGAACACACCCUUGUCACAACGCACCAGGGUGCACACAUUCUUUUUUUUUUUUACUUUGAGUUUCUCAGAUACGGUGUAAAGAGCAGCAAAAUGAAGGAACGGCCAGUGACUUUUCUUUUCUCAUGUAAGAUUCGGACAGUUAUUAUGAUGAAAGAGAUGUCAAAGUCGGGUGUCAGUGAUUAAAACGCGCGGUCGGGAUCGUGGCAGGGGUCUAUCUUUUUUCUCUGCAGUCAGCUGGGAAACCACUUGUAGAGAGUAAGUGAAGUUCGAUAAGGAAAUAAUUCGGCAGAUUUUAACGGCCAUGAAGUGCAUUGGUAUGCGAACUCUGUAGUUUUGUGAUCAGAGCGAGGCACCCUACCCUUAUCACAACACACCAGGGUCAGAAAGAAACGGUCAGUGACUCUUCUUUUCUCCUGUAAGCUGCCUAUCCAUGGCUAAUACUUUAACAAUUUUAAGGUUUGGACGGUUAUAAUGAUGAAAGAGAUGCCACAGUAAUGCUCAGCUGAUCACUUUAGCGGCAAAAACGGGUUUGCAAAUUUCCUUUGUCCCUGAUCAGUGAAAACAAAACCAUACAUUCAAUAGGAUUUUAGUCAAAUUACAUGAUGCCACAUACUGACAGCUGUUCUACACAGUUCGUGUAGUGGUUUGACAUAAAACCGAGGCGAUAGGGUCAUCCUGUACGGUUCUUGACGAAUAUUUGAUCUUUUAGCCUCGUCUGUGCCCAAACAAACGCAGGCUUAUAACUGCAUGCAAGAACAUCGUAUGGCUCUUUCUUAUUUACAUAAGGGAAUGCCGAAGAAUAUCAAAGUCACGGUAGUAUAAUGCUCAACUGAAUUUAAUAAAUAGCUUCCAACGAAGAUGUUUCUCUCUUGUUGAAAACAGCCAUUAAAAAGCUAAGUACGUGAUUGUAAAACUUAGAAGAUAAUGAGAAUGCUAAAGAUAGAAAUAUCCUAAGGCAUUUUGGCUUGGUCAUAGAAAACUGCCUUCUGCCGUUUGUUAAGGGCAAGUAAUACUUUGAAAAACAACCUCUUACAAUUGAUGCCCCGCUGUGGGGCGAGAGUUCGAUUCUUUAAAAAUCACUGAAUCCAAUAUUUCAACUAAUCUCGAAAGAUCAUAUUUGCUUGCAAGCCAUGCAAAACUCACCACCAAACAAAAGAUGUUUCGUGUUUUGAAAUGAAACUCAUUAAUCGAUUUGCUUUUGUACUCCCUGGAGUCAUGCUGAAUGUGAAUCUUUCAAGCGAGAGAAUUAUUAAAAGAGGGUCUCAAUGGGGUGGUGGCAUUUACGGUUAGAGGCUAAAAUUUUGGCUCUUUUACGGCUAUCGGGUAAUUUUUUUCAUUUACGGUUAACUAUAAAGUUAAAAAUUAAUUUCUUUGUUUCAAAGAGUUAAAUAUUAAUAAACCUGUAUUUUUUUUGUAUCUUUACAGCAAAAUAAAUGUCUUAGGAUCAUCGCGGGAUGAAAUAAGUUAUUCUUCUGAAAAUUAUUAAUAUUUCACAAAUCAUGCGUUUAGAGUAUUCCACUUCUAAUAUCAUUUUACGCAUAGAAAUGUUAACUAUGAAAACGUUUGUCAUCUUUUGCAUCUUGAAGUGAUUUCCUUUUCUUGGGGCUACUGAUUUGUUCUUCGCGUCGCUUUGUAUUUGCUACCCUCUUCUCUUUUUACUACCACGAUAGGGUCUUUACCCCACUGAAGAACAGACUGCAGUGAAACAUGAACUAAAAAAGAACAAGCAUACAGACUGAGACUCGAACAUUUCUGUGACUCUUUACAAGCGUCGGAGCCAAGCUGAAAUGUACGCGGCUUCGAAGAUCUUUGCCGCAGUUUUCUCAUUCUCUUAAAAUGACAUGAACUCUUUGUUUAAAAUAGAAACAAAAGGUUAAGCUAUUGCCAGUCAACUAAAUUUUUUUGUGAGCCAUGGAAAGGACCAUUCCUAAUAAAAGACAUAACAGUUUAUUUGAACAGAAUCUUCGUGAAAAGCAAAACUAGCAGAAACGGGAACGUAAAGAGUCAAAGUAGCCGCGAAAAAAGAAACACAACCGUUCUAAGUGAGUUUAUCACGUUCUUCAAAUUAUCAAAUCUAAGGAGCAAAAUUUUUUUAGCGUUUACUCUUUUUACCCUAUUUACGUCUAACGGUUAAAUUUUUUCAAUUUUUACGGCUAUCGACUAAAUUUUGGGCCGUUUUACGCCUAUCGGUUAACCCCAUUGAGACCCUCUUAAAACAAGUAAUUCACGAAGCAAAUCAUUUUGUGCGCGUGAUCUUGCAGAAGCCACUUCAUCCCUCGAAAGGCAAGUCGCAGGAUUUAAUGACUUCAAUUUUUUUCCUCUUGUCUAAUUUAUUUUACAACCACAAAGGUGCUAACAGUUUUUUGCAGAACAGUGAACCGAGUGGCCUCAUCAGAUUUUUAAAACUAAGAGAAAGAAGUUGAUGAGAUUACCACACUAAAUUAAAAUUAAUAGUCGAAUGUUAAAUAUACUACAUUUCUAGGUCCUAAAUAUGAAUGAGGAAGUCUAAAAUACCGUCGUUGGAAUAAAAACAGAUACAGUCAUGAUGAUGCUCGAUCAGCAUUAAAUAUAUUUAGUAGUUCCCUGCAGUCAGCAGGAGGACAAAUUACGGAAAAUGCUUGUUGCUUUUGAACCAUAAUUUCUUGUCGUUAAUUCCUCGUUUAAUUGCUCGAACAUGCUAACGGUAGUUAUUAUAAAUCGAUUAUCCCCUGCAUUACUGGUCUUUAUUGAAAAGUUUUUUAUUAAUAAGCCAACCGCUACAUUUCCUGUCCUUUUAUGUAAUGUCCGUAUAGGAAAUACGUUAUGAUUUUUGGCAUGUUUCGUUGAUUAUAAAUUUAGCGUUUUCAUCUUAGUUAGGCCUGAUCCCCAUAAAAUGUUUCGUUUCCCAUUGCCCUCCCUGUCGUGAAGGUGGGUCGGUCGGUCGGUGAAAAAAAAAAAAAAGAAUGAACACAUGAUUGCAUAUUAAAUAUCACGUUUAGUCUGCAAGAUAUAGUCAGAUGGUAAAAGAUGUAUAUUAACAGGACUAUCAAAUGUCUAAAAAGGCUACAAAAACGAAGUAUCGAUGAUAAUUUAAGACAAUUGGUGUUACUAAGACAAGAUCGUGUGCUUGUAAAUCAAAGUACUUGCUUCUUUACAAGUGAUUCUGGAAUUUUUUUUUUUUACUUUUUUUUUGACUUUUCCAUAAAAAUGGGUCGGUCGGGCGAUGGGAAACGAAACAUUUUAUGGGGAUGGCCUUAGUUCAGUUCCAGUGGAAACUUCACGGUGUUAAACUUCUGUCAGAGAUAAAGCUAGGUAACAUUGGUAGGUGUGCAAGCUAAAGUGAGUAUAGUUGUUUUGCAAAUCAAAGUUUCUGUAAUAUACAGUGAAACCUCUAUUAAGCGGACCCCCAAUUCAGGGGCACCCAACGUUAAUUUUCGGAAAAUAUUUGUUCGAAAGACGAUUUGAGAUCUAGAAUUUUCGGAACAUUUGUUGUAAAAUUUCAUGCAUGCCUGCCUCUCCUUGGAUUUUGGAACAUCUAAAAUUGGUAUAAUUGCCCAUUUUUAACGGAUUUUUACCCUAAAAGGGUCAGCUAGAAUUUUCGGGAGCCCUUUUUCUGGCUGAAAUUUUCGAAAAGGUAAGUUUUGAUCCCUAAAAUUUUUGGAUCAGUAGACUUUCAGUUAGGAAAUCCGAACAGAUGAGAAAUUCUAGGAGAUAAAAAUAUGCCGAUAUCUACCGUUUAAAUACUAAAAUACGUUUUAUAACAAUACUAUGUUUAAGUGGUUUUGAAGUAUAUUCUCGUUAGGUGCCCCUGCCAAUUAAGCGGACCCCCUCUAUUAAGCGAACACUAAGCCGGGUCCCGAAAGUAACCUCUCAUACUUCUCUUUGUAACGAAUCCCUAUUCAGCCGACACCGCCAUUAAGGGGGCGAACACCGGACUAAAUUGACAAUAGUAGUAUUGGAUUACGUCCUUGAAAUACAUACUGUAGUCGAUUUUAAAAUAGAUACAUCCACAGACAUCCAUUUAAUAAAUGCAUUUAGCUGUCAAUAAACUGUAGAUUAGACGAUAUCCGGUCGCAUGAUUGUCAUCCGUGAUCAAAGUUCACCGAAAAGUCUUGCACAGUGUAUAGUACAGCUAUUCACAAUCAAAUCCUUCCUCAACAACAUGAAACUUUAUCACACUACAGGGUAACCGUUGAAUGUUAAUCGUUAACAAACAUUACGCAAUUUUUGCAAACCUCUAUUUAGCUAAAGUCAGGGACAAAAAUAGUUGACACACUUGUUUAAAACGGGUGCUUUUGUCAAACAUUUAAUUCAUUUAUUAUUUCAUUCCUUAUAAACGCCGUAAAUCCCCUCACCCCCCGAAUCAAUGUUGUCUGAAGUAAAAGAAAGACUUAAGGGUCCAAAAUACAACAUUGAUUUUUGGGGGAAUUGGUUGGGGUAGACAGGGGAAGGGGAUAGUAGGUAUGUCCACUAUGCAAAAGGGGCCAUUUUAAGGAAGUGUCUCAACACUUUUGUCCCUCAUUGUAGAUUGCAACAGCACAGCCUCUUUGCUCUUCCUCCAUAAACGGAGAAAAGGCCAAACUACUUCUUUUCUUCACUUGCGCCAUUUUUCGCGCGGUCUUUGACUCUAUGUUCCUCGUUCUUUGCUCCUAAACCGCACAGAAACGCUUGCUGAGCAGGCUAAAGCAAAUUCAAUCGUCAGGUCUGUCGUCAAAUGGCGCGAGUUUCGCGGGAAUAAAAAAAAAAAUGCGACAACUCUGACCUGCUACGCAAGACUUGCGAAGGACUCACAAUCACGCAAUGCUCUAAACCGGGCAAGAACAGGAAGAACCCGGUUUUUUUAAAUUUAUUCCUCCUUGAUCGCUAACGAUUUUUAUCUAUUUCGAUUUUUAUCUAUUGACUACUCCGGCAAGUAACUACACGCGGAACUGAUGCUAUUUCGAAAGGGUGGCAGAUCUAAAUCGUGAAAAACUGGACGCCUACAAACCUGGCCAAUAUCGGCCUUCAGAAGAAGACUUUAAAGCGGGUUUUAAAGAAAAUAUAAGUUUUUUUUUUAAACUUUUUAUUAAAAAAGUGAUAAUAAAUUGUUUGAGCCUUCGACUCUCAAUUGCAACAGACACUCCAUUGUCAACAAAUUCACUGUUUGCAUGAAAUCAGUUUUCAUUCUUGGAUGAAUAGAAGAACAGAAGAACAAUUUAUUUUGUUUUUGCUUUUUUUGGUUGUUUGUUCUUUUUUAGAAAUAAUAGGAGGGGGGAUUUUUCUUUCGUUACAUUUCCCUUGCAUUUUUUUUUUCUUGAAAAUGUCCGGUAAGUCCCCGUUACAGGUUCUGUAUAACUGGUGUAAUAAUAAUUGAUUUUCGACCCUUGUCGCCAUAGAGCCUCCAGUAGAUCAGUGGUUAGAGCAUCCGUACUAAAACUCGGAGGGUGGUCAGUUCGAUUCUCACCCAGCCGAUUGCAAUUUUUCCGAGUUUACAGGGUGUUAGAUUUCUCGUUGUUCAAAACAGAGUUUUUCCUUGAUGUUGAUAAUAGGAGGUCAGCACAGUAAUUUUUCCUUAUGCUACUCGGCAUGCUCACUUUUCUAUGAAUGGUCCUUCCCUUUUCAACUCGAUACUUUGGACGUCCACCCACUAUUACUAAUAGCUAUCCUACCCCAUCCCCUGCCCAGAAACUACCCUGAGGGACUUGCUCAAGAUCGCUUAUACCCUUCCGUUUGUGUGGGUCUACCAUGUAGCUACCCACGACCUGGGCCCACGACCCACGACUAUGCUACUCUCAUUUCUAGAUCGUUUUCCAGCACGUUUCGUUGAUUAUAAAUUUAGCGUUUUCCUCUUAGUUCUAGUUCAGUUCUAGUGUAGACUUCAUAUUAUUAACUUCUGUCAGAGAUAACAUUGGUGCGUGUGUAAACCAAAUGGAGUAUACAGUCAACCCCCGAUAACUCGAACCUUCAAGGGAAAUCGAAAAAAGUUCGAGUUAUCGGGAUUUCGGGUUACCGGGAGCUCGAACAAGAAGAAAAAAGCCGGGAGUAAGGAAAAAACAGUUUUUACCGCACAGUGAACAUUUUAAUCACAGUUAAUUAUAGAAAUGUUAAGUGAAAAUUGAAAGAUACUUACUGUUUUGAGAAGUAAAGCUCUGAAAGCUGUUUCUUGUUAGAUUUGUGUUAAUUUGUGACAAACAACAUCAGCCUCCACUAGUAAACUAUAUGCCUACAACACGUCAAUCCGAAAUUCAAUGUUUCGGACGUCCGUAGACCGAUUUUUACCGACUUUUUUUAGGGCUCAAAACAUGGUUCGAGUUAUCGAGGGAAAAAUUAUAUAGAAAUGAUCUGAGGGGAAACAAAAACUACUUCGAGUUAGCGGGAGGUUCGAGUUAUCGAGAAUUCGAGUUACCGAGGGUAAAAUUACAGUAAAUGUAUGACGGAAAUCCAAGGGAAAUCGAUUUUGGUUCGAGUGAGCGUGAGUUUCCAGUUAGCGAGGGUUCGAGUUAUAGGGAGUCAACUGUAGUUUUUAUGCAAAUCAAAGUAAUUUACUUCAUUAAAAUAGUUAAAUUAAUUACUAGGGACGCUUUUGUACAAAUCCCAUUGUUGUCUUCAUAUAAUUCACUGGAAGAUCAUGAAAUUACAGAAAUGUAUAUGCAGUACUACAAUGGGCAGAAAUGACGUAGUAUGGUGUUGGCGAACUGCAAAUCAUCACGCUUAUUAAUGCCCAGGGCCCGGUUGUUCGAAGGCCGAUUAGCGCCUAACACGGGGUUAAAUUUAACCCGCGUUUCUUUUUCUUGUGUUUAAAAGCAUUUUCUCGGAUAACUUUCUCUGUUAUUUUAAGAGCUUGCGAUCAUCAACUUGUAGACCAAAAGAAUGAAGACUGGACUGCUUUUUAACCUUUCAAAUCUGAGUUCAAAUCUCGCACUAACCCUGGGUUAACUUAAUCCAGCUUUGAACAACUCGGCCCUCAGCUCAAGGGUCGCUUCCUUUAUGGAUGUAAUGCGCUUCGUGCGCCUUCCUGAUAGAAUCGCGUCCAGUCUUGAGUUUUUCAAUAGGGAUCAAAAGCAUAUGGUUGUCAGAAUGGUUACUACAAAGAAAAUGUUCAGAAGCUUCUGUAUGGAUGUAAUUGCUGUACCAUGUCGCCUGCUGAGCUCAUUGAAGCGGUCUUUGAGGCGACGGAUUGUUUCCCCCAAUGUAUUGUAGAUUACAAAGGCGACAUUGAAAAUCAUGUACUAGAUAACACUGAAAGUAGUGCAAGUUAGAUGAGAAUUAAUACGGGUAGGUUUCACCGGCGGAAUGAACAUCGCUUUUGAUCGUGCGUUGGCAGUGAUAUCGAUAGUGGCUGAACGCAGACCGAAUGGCACGUUCCUAUAACAAAGGGUAAUCCGUAGGGUCAAUAGGUAUCUGACAAUAGCUAGGCGCACCGAGGAUCUUUUUUAAAGACAUAACUCCUUUAGCCCUGAUUUUGAGUACGUACAAGCCUUCUUUAGUCUGUUUUGAUAAUCCCUGGCGAGUUAAAUUGAAGCAUUUCUAUUUUGGAGGCUUAAAGCGAUAAAAUAAAAGCAAGCGAAUGACAUGCACAGUUCUGGUCUCUGCUCUAUGAAUUAUUACAAAUAGUAGCAAAAGUGUCUUUAUAGACAUCUAGAAAGGUUGUCUCUCCAGAUUCAACGCUUCGCAAACAGAGGUAAGUAAACUUCUAUGCAAAGAUAGGUGGAAAUUAGUCGUCUAUAGUUUGGGUACCACUGCAGGGACGAGGCCUCGCAUAAAUAAUAAUUAUUGAUAAAGAAGUGAUUAGGAGACGUUAAUCUACAAAUGGAAAUUGUUUCUUUCUUCGACCUCUCACAGCUUGGCAUUUUUAAGGUAAUUGGUAAAUAUCAUUGCAUUGUUUGAUGUUUCCGUGUCUGUCUGCUGCAGCUUUGAUCCGCCAUGGCCAUCACGCUGUACAAGGACGAAGAGUCAUUUCUACAAGGAAAAGGGGUCACGUUUACACAGUCACGAGCCAAUCUUCAAGAAGAUGGAAUCUUCACAAUAGCCGAUGUUAAAGCAGGAAACUGGAUCUUCUACGAGGGCCAAGACUACCAUGGCCCUUCAGUGAAGAAACAAAGAGUUGUUGAAAGUCACGUAUCCAUAAGUGACGUUAAUGGCUCCGUGUUCCUGGUAGAGGAAGGACUCAUUUUGUUUAAAGACACUGACUAUCGUGCAGAGAGGAAGGUACUACGAAUAUAAUAAGUGAACUUAUUCAGUAAUAACGGGGGAAACCUAUGUUCUCCUUGUUCUGCUUUACUGUUUACACUAAAAACAACGCAAAUAAAUCAAAGGCCUAUGAGACACCAAAGAUUUUUUUUUACUUCAGAUUCAGCUGAAGCCGGCUAGGAUAGAGAUUUCAAUCGCUUUUGAUUUGAACAGGCUUUGUUUUGUCAACUCUGGUCUGGAAUCAUUAUUUUCAAAAGAAACUACUUUUCUCGUAAAAAAUUAUCUUGCAAUUCAAUAAUCUGCUCAGAGAGGUACAAUUAUGAGAUAACUUAAUUUUAACAUGCUUAUUUUAGUUCAGUCAAUUUUUAAUAUCAAUAUGUGUUUGCAAACAAAAGCCUUAUCGGCCUACCUGAAAUCAUGUAUCAGAUACUUUUAGCUACACAAAUUCAGGGUUCUAAUUCGGGUUAGGUCAAAUCUUGAAAUUUCAAAAUUCUGCGUCCCAAACUAUUGUAAUUUCAAAAUUUGGUAACUUACCAGAAAUUGACUCACCGCGAUAACCCUGGGGGAGAGGGGGUUACUCGACCAAUAUUUGAGUAUAGGUGAGCUGCUGAGGGUUUGACCCUGUUUAGGACAAAAAAUUCCUACAAUAUAUACCCUGUUUAGGACAACACAAUCAAUUUUAGUACAUUGUUUAGUACCCUGUUUGCACUAAGACGAAAUCGAUCGUGCAUGAAACACCCUGUUUAUAAUUAGAACAGACUCGCACAAAUCAUGCACACUGUUUAGGACAGACUUGCGCGCAGUUGUAUACCCUGUUUAGGACAGUCGUGCGAAAUCAUGUACCCUUUUUAGGACAAAGAGGACGAAAACCAUACCCUGUCCAGCGGCACAUCCCCGUAUGGGCCAUAUAAGGGAGUACCCCCCCCUCGGGGGUGAUACACACGGUUAAUAACUCACCAAGUUGGCGUAAAAUCCCAGGGCUUUCACAGAAGUGGGCGGCGAACUUCGAACUAAAACGUUUGCCAUUACCCCUCCCACCACCUCGGAACAGAUGUAGCCGCUGUUUGGAAGAGAAGUCACCAAUGGCGCGUUUCCCUGACUCCAAACAAUACUAAAACAAUAGAAAGAAUGACAUGUCAUUGUUUCCUGCGACCAAUUAGGAGAGACCUUACGAGCAGCUGCUACACUACUCUGAAACGAGCUAAUAUUUCACGACUGACAUACCCGCGAAGUAAUAAAGUGAAUUCCCCGGCGGCGUUACUCACCAAUGUUUUUAAUGGGGAGACUCCACCGCUUUUUCGUUGUAUUGGUAAUAUGCGAAAUCUUCUCGAUUUGAAGAAACUUGCCCGCAAGGUGGUCCCGGUUAAUUUUUCAGCAUGCGCGCAAGGCGUUCUUGGGAAAUUCUGGAAACACGUCGUUGACUAGGCUCCAUUUCCGCCGUCUCCCGGGUCCGGUCUGGGGAUGAGUGCGGGCUCAUUUUCCCGAACAGCGGCUGGUAAUCUAGCCUCCCACGCAGGCGUUUUUAGGGAAGCUCGUCUUUCUUGUGGGGAGGGAUGAAAGACAAGAUCCCCUAAACACGCCUGCGUGGGAGGCUACUGGUAAUCGAGCCUUGUCGUUGACCGGUGGGCAUUAGAUUCCAUCCUCCAGAACCUCCCCUCUUAACUACACUUACGUGAAUUUCUUAAAGUCUCUACUCUUUCUACUCUUAUACUACUGCAUGAAAAAUUUCUGAAAUUUGAUUGGUUUAGAGCAGUGGUAUUUCAGCUUAAUUUGAAAUAUCUACAUGUGAAAAUUACAAACCCUUUGCGGGUAGUAGUAUAUACAAAUAAUAGCAUGAUUUGUACAUGAUAUUUUGCAUAAUUACCACUCGUGAUAUUUCAAAAUUGUCUCAAAUUUCACUCGCCUAACGGCUCAUGAAAUUACGUAUAACAAUUUCGAAAUAUCACUCGUGGUAUUUAUGCCAAAUAUCACUACAAAUCAUGCUAUUACCUGUACUUCUAGUCUUUCUCUAAGGGUUGAUUUCCAUUGUCGCGUAAAUUUUACGUGCGCAAAUAAGAUAAAGGCAACGCAUGAAGGGUCGCUCGUAAGCGUAAAAGUUAAACCUCGCUCAAUUUCACGUGUAAUCUCAACACUUUGAGUCGGAUAUUUAAACGAAGUCUAACUUAGAACGCGGUUUAGGAAAUCUUUGGACUUUUAAAUCUCGUCCAUAGUGGGUUAUUUUAAGAAGACAAAUUCUUUUCUAAUCUACAACAUAUGCUUUCAUGAAACUGUUCACGAUAAAUCGUGUUUAUAUAAAAGCGUUCGGCAAACUGUAAAUGGUUUAGAACGGCGGUUUCGUUAAACACUGGCUAAACUCCGUUUAAAUAACUGGCCCUUUAUAUCUUCUCUUAUCUUUUGUUUACGCGAGUAAAAUUUACGUGCGUUCCCCUGGUUAACGCGUGCGUAGCCAAAAACGCGUCAGUGGAAAUCAACCUUAAGUCUAAGUCCCCUCAAUUAUUUUUUGGGAAGUGAAAAGGGAAAUUGACUGUGGCAUUAGCGGGAUCCUAACCCGCGGUCUUAGAAACCGAACUCUAUCGCCUAUACCACUACACCACAGUGGAUUCAUCAGAAAAUGAUGCGUUCGUUUUACAUUUUUUUAUAGUGACAAACCUAUAAGUAAAUUAAAGUUAACCACUUAGAGUCAGUGCUUAACCCUAAUCACUAUAACGUUUUUCAAAGUUUUCAGAAAAUGUCAUAGCCAUAGAGAUAGAGUUCUAAAGUGAUGAGGUCAAAAAAAUAUAAAUUUGGGAAUUUAUAGGAUUUGUCAAGAUAUUCAGAAAGAACAAUGUCCAAAACGCCUACUCGCCAAAAAUUAGCAUUUCGGGGCAAAUUGUCUCUUAGAUACUGGUCCAGUUAGGCUCUGAUGACUCCAUACAAAUCCUUCUAAAUAUGACCUGGCUCUAAGCGUUUAGACCCUUUGGGGUGGCACAGCAUCAUCAUCACCAUCUUUUUUUUAUUUAAACAACUUGGGUUUUAGAGCUAAUAUAGCUAAUGGGGCACAUACCUAUAAACUGCAGCUAUAAAGUAAAUAUAAGGGAGCACCCCACCCCCGGGUAAAAUCCCUACCCUUUCAAAUACCUAAAGCCUAAAAAAGGUACAUCAUUCGGGCGUAGCCUCCCCCGCAUAGGUUACUAUAGGGAGUACCCCCUGGAGGGUGAAUUCCAGCUUGGUUAGUUAGUAUUUUUUUUUCAGUUUCUAGCCGUGUUGCAUUUAAGAUAAGAAUAGUCUAAUGCUGAUCCAAACCUCACGAUCAUCUUUACUGACAUAAUCUAAGUGUUAUCUUUUUAUUAUUAUUAUUAUUAUUUUCUUGUAGUGGUUUCGAGACGAUCAGGAGGAUCUGACCAAUACGUUCUUAGGACAACCACCUUCAGGCAUCUCCUCUGGUAUCGUGCUGUCUAAGAACCGGUCCGUAGUUUUGUACGACAAAACCAAUUUUAAAGGCAAUUGUUAUACUAUGCGACCAGGAGAGUGGUGUGAAAAGUUAAACCGCACGGACACGGGCUCGGUGGGAGAAAACGACAAAUGGCUGAGCUUAAAGUUUAUCUACGAAGCGUAA